AUCAUCGUUAAUAGAUGUAAACGAGAGAAUGUGUGUAUUAAUAUGGGAUGAAAUAUCCUUGCAACCUCAGUUGCAAUAUGAUAAAAUAAAUGAUAAAAUCGUUGGUUUCGAAGAUUGGGGACACAAACGAACGCAACAAAUAGCUGAUCAUGCGCUUGUAUUUAUGCUUAGAGGUAUAAAAUCUUCUUGGAAGAUACCUUUAUCAUAUAAUUUUUGUAAAAGCCAAACUAAAAAUACACAAUUAAUACGUUGCAUUAAAGAAAUUGUUAAAGAAAUUGCACAAGCUGAGUUCACAGUUGUUGCUAUAAUAUGCGAUCAAGGGUCCUCAAACGUGUCUGCACUGAACGAAUUGUUAAGGAAUACGAAAGAUAUAUUGGCUUUCAGGCUUUCGCGGCUUACCAGAGAGCGUGCUUCUUGGGACGUCCUUGAAACUGCUUACCAACUUGACAUUCACAGUAACACAUUAAAUCGACAGCUAAAGAAAUUGACAGAUGAGCAUAUAAUAAGAAGUAAAAUAAAAAAAAUGAAAGUUAAGCUGGCAACGCAAGUUUUUAGUGCUACUUUGUCAGCAUUUAUUGAAUAUAAUAGUCGGAUAAAAGGAUUCGUUAAUACGAAUAUUGGACCACUACAAAUACCAGAAGAAGAAGGACUUGCAACAGCAAAAGUCUUGGACUUUUUCAAUAAAUUAUUUGAUUCCAUAAAUGGACUUCAACUUCGGUCUGAUACACCAUUGCGAGUUGCUGUGAAAGAAAAUAGUAAACAUCAUUCUUUCUGGUACGAUGCCAUCAAAUUUUUGGAAAACAUGCGAUUUAUACAUAAAACGACAAAAAAACCGAUGUCUGUUCCAUCGUUAAAGCAUUGGAUAACAACUAUUAAAGGCUUUCAAAAAUUAUGGGCAACUGUGAACAAAGCGGGAAUGAAAUAUUUAAAAACACGUUAUAUAAAUCAAGAUCCAUUAGAAAAUUUCUUUGGAAUGAUAAGAAGUCACAAUAAUCGUAAUAUUAAUCCCACAUGUGCAAAUUUUGAAUCUUCUUUUAAAACAUUAUUGAUAAACAAUUUAACAAGUAAACGUACUGUAGGUGGUAAUUGUGAACUUGAUAGCGAUGGAAAAGCUUUAUUUUCAUUGCAACACUUUGUUGAAAGUAGUGUUGAAAUGUUACAUACCUCAUCAGAUACAAAUUUAGUAGAUGAAGUAGCAGAAAUUGAUAAUACAUCUGUAUCAAUGCAAAAUAAAGAU